UUUUAGGAGAGAGAAUGAGGGAUGAGGAAGAAAAUAAGCUAGAGAGAGAGGUUGUCUUGUGGUUCCUAAUUUCACACAAACGGGCUCUGAACGUUUGAGCAGAGCCAGGCACGGCGGAUUCGACCCUGUCUUCAGCAGUGACCGGACGGCCAUCACGAUAUUCUGCACCCGAGGUCAUGUUGGCUGCCACGAGCUGACAAUCUCAGACCCACUUGUCGUUGCUUCUCCCCGAAUUGGGCAGUGAAGCUCGGGUUUGCCUGUGUAUUGCUGCGACCGCGCGCAAAGCUCUACCUGACCGCAGAGCCUUAGUUCAACACCACGCCGGGCGGCUCGAGUGUCCCCCCGCCUUACCCCUCCUUGUGUUUUCGACAAGCUAGUGCUCCGAUCUUAUUGGCACUGUCGUCGCCGCCAUCAUGGCCGACCAGGGCUUUGUACCGGAUCAGGGGUUUGUGCAGCAAGUGCUGCAGGUGCUCGUUCAAUGCCAGAGUACCAACAGCCAGGAGAUGGCAGCAUCCCAAGAGAUGCUCAAGCAGCUCAAUGAGCGCCCAGAAGUGAACAUUUAUCUCUGCCACAUUCUGGUCAAUGAAGUGUCCGUCGGGCCCAAUACACGUUCGAUGGCCGCCAUCCUUCUCAAGAACAAUGUCCGAUGGAACAUUGACAAACUCUCGUUUCCCAUUGUGCAAUAUCUCAAAAAUGAGGCCGUCCGCGCACUAGCUGACCCGAGUCAGCUGGUCCGUAAGGUGGCCGCCACGCUCGUCAGUACCCUUGUGGUCCGGCUUGGUCUUAAGCAUUGGCCCGAAGCCAUUCCCACCCUUCUCCACCUCAUGCAGAACAGCGAUCCGAACGGGCUUGAGGGUACGCUGACGGCUUUGACGUUCAUCUGUGAGGACGACGCACCAUGGCUCUGCGAAUAUGAAGCUGGUCGACUCGUGGACCUCAUUAUGAAGACAGUUGUGCUGCUUUUUCGCCAUGAAGACCCUUCCAUUCGUUCCAAGGCAUUGCAGUGCAGCAACGUGUUUGUAUCCUUUGAAACACCUGGCUUUAAUGCCAAUUUUCAGAGCUACCUUCAGGGCGUUUUUGCGCUUGCACCCGAUACAAACCCCGUCGUUCGCAUGCACGUGUGCACGGCCAUGGUCAGCAUCGUUGAAUCCAAGUUUGAGCAAGCUGUUCCCUUUCUUGAACCAGAGUUGGGAAAUAUCACGCAGUAUAUGCUGGAUUGCACGCGCAGUGAGGACGAGGGCGUAGCCCUCGAGGCUUGCGAGUUUUGGAUGGUGAUGGCUGACAAACCAUUCAGCUCUCAGGUGCUUGACCCCAUCAUGCCCCAGCUCUUGCCAUUGCUUUUGGACCGUAUGCAGUGGAGUGAAUUCGAGCUCGCCACCAUGAGUGCUGAUGACGAUGCUGAUGAAGAGGAUCGGGAUGAGGACGUCCGCCCAGCUACUCACAAGGCUGCGGUGCAUGGUGAGCGGCGCACCCGCCGUGAUGAUGGCGAUGGGCAAGAGGGCGCUGUGGGCCACGACGGCGAGGGCGGCGACGAGGAUGAGGAUGACGAAGAUGAUGAUGACGACUAUGACGAUGAGGAUGGUGCUGACGAGUGGAGCAUUCGCAAAUGUGCCGCAAUGACUCUCGAUUCCUUCGCCGUCAAGUAUCACACAGGCUUGCUGCCCGUUUUAAUGCCGCUCCUCAAGCAGAUGUUCGAAUCGAAUGUCUGGCUUGCACAGGAAGCUUGCAUGCUUGCGCUUGGUGCCAUUGCUGACGGCUGCAAAGACGAGAUGGAAACUUACUUGCCAGAAAUUUUGCCCUUCAUUGCUGGCUUCUUCGAACACGAACAACACUUGGUUCGCAGCAUCACCUGCUGGUGCUUUCGGCGUUAUGCCGAAUACAUCUGCAAAACACCUGCCAUGCUCGAGGCCACUCUGGGUGCCCUGACUGCCCGGCUGGUUGACCGUAACAAGAAGGUCCAAGAGACCGCCUGCACGGCAUUGUGCCACAUUCAAGAAAUUGCCAGCAACCGAUUGGAGCCCUUUACUGAGAACCUGCUGCGCACGUACUGCUACGCCCUCGAUCACUUCAAGCGUCGAAAUCGCCUGCACCUCUAUGACUGCAUCAGCACGAUGGCUGAUGCCGUGGGCGGGGCGCUUGCAGAGGCGCGCUAUGUCAACGAGCUGGUUCCACGCCUGCUAAACCAGUGGCAGGCCAUGGAUGACCACUGCCUCGAUGCCUUUCACAUCACCGAAUGCCUCUCAGUCAUUCUUGGUGCCGUUGAGACGGAGUAUUUACCCUAUGCUGAGAUGACAUAUGCUAUGGCUGUCAAUGUCCUUCGGGUCAACAUUGCUCGUAGCGUCGCACAUCAGGAAGGGCAAGACACGGAGGAUCCCGAUGAUGACAUGAUCGUUGGUGCCCUCGAUCUCAUCUCCUCCAUGGUGGAGAGCCUGCAAGGUGACAUGGAGCCAUUUAUCAGUGCAGACUUGAUGGAGCUGUUGCUGUAUGGCUUGCAGGAUGAGCUGGCCGAGAUGCGACAAAGCGCGUUCGCUGUGCUUGGCGACCUUUCCAAGGCGUUGUUCGGCGUCGUGCUGCCUCACCUUGACACGGUCAUGCUUUUCAUUUCAGUCAACUUAACGAUGGAAGAACCGCCCGUGUGCAAUAACGCCAUUUGGGCCACGGGUGAAAUUGCCUUGCAUCUCGGUGAAAAUAUGAACAAGUAUGUGGAUGAUCUUCUUGAGCCCAUCAUCCACAUUCUCAACACAAGCGAGCUGAAUACGUUGACUGAGAACGCUGCCAUUACUAUUGGUCGCCUUGGCUUGGGCUGCACCUUGAAGGUUGCACAACACUUGCCCAACCUGCUCGAGCGCUGGUGUCGAGCCUUGCGCUUAGUGGAUGACAAUGACGAGAAGGACUCUUCCUUCGAGGGCAUUUGCCUUGCAGUGUUAGCCAAUGCCCACGGUGCUUUACCGCGCUUUAUGCUGUUGUGCGACGCAAUCAGCAAGUUUCAACAACCCUCCCCCAAGCUGGCCGAGCUCUUUGCGCGGCUUUUGGCCCACUUCAAGACAGCGGCCGGUGGGGAGUGGGAGCGCUUCUUUGCUCACUUUCCAGAGCUGCGGCAAGAGUUGAUGGUUAAAUACAACGUUUGACAAGGCCAAGGCCUUGCCAUAAAGCCUGGCAUAGAUAGAUCAAGCAAUUGAUUCAAACAGCG